AUGGAGGGAACUUCAUACGCAUCUGGGAAUGUUUCCUCCACUGCUGAAGAUCCUUUUGUUGACGAUUUCUACUUUUCAGCACUUCACGAUGCUGAAGAAAUAUUUCCAAUUUCGGAUGAGAAAUAUGCCGAAGAGUUACAACUCCAGGAAGCCCUCCAUUCCUCCGCAAUGUCAAGCGCUAGGGCUGAAAAAGAAGUUGUUAUAGUGGACGAAGAUGAUGACGGCGACCACCAUUUGAGAAAGCUCAAGGGGAAACAGAAAGAUAUCGGUGAAUCUUCCCAUGGCUACUGUGGUAUUUGCAUGGAUGCGAAAUCUGGAGAAGAAAUGUUCAAGAACCAAAGCUGUUCUCACCUUUAUUGUGUAGAUUGCAUUGGAGGACAUGUUGCUGCAAAGAUUCAGGAAAAUAUAUCAAUGGUGAAAUGCCCUGAGCCAAAAUGCAAAGAGGUUAUAGAGCCUGAGAACUGUCGUUCGAUUAUCCCUAAAGAAGUGUUUGAUAGAUGGGAAAAUGCUCUUUGUGAGAAUGUAGUGCUUGAAUCGCAAAAGUUUUACUGUCCUUUCAAGGAUUGUUCAGCUAUGAUGAUAUGUGAUGAAGGAGAAAUAGUAACUAUUUCUGAGUGUCCACAAUGUAACAGAUUGUUUUGUGAACAGUGUAAGGUUUCAUGGCAUGCAGGAAUAGAUUGCAGUGAAUUCAACGCCUUGGAGCAUGAUGAGAGAGGGAGGGAAGAUCUGCUGGUGCUGGAUCUUGCCAAGAACAAAAGCUGGAGAAGAUGUCCAAAAUGCAGAUUCUAUGUGGAAAAAAAUGAAGGAUGUUCUCAUAUUUCUUGCAG